AUUGUGGAUUGCUUCAUAACGCAUCCUAAAAUUAUCAAUGUGAAAGUAAUUAAUUUUGUGACGGAGCAGUGCUGUUUCAUCAAACAGGAUACGCACACAUUAUAAAGCAAAGUUAGGGGAUAGUUAAAGUGUGAAUUGUUGUUAUAGCAAAGAAGAGUACUAACAAUUGUGGAGAAGUUAACAGUUCAAUGACCGAAAUUGAUUCCGAAGGAUUUCUAGGAUACUAUUAUUACAAUGGAUCCGAUAUAUCUGGUACAAAUGAGAGCGGCCGCUUUAUACCGGAGGACGCUAAGCUGGACGUGACAUAUGCAGUGUUUGAAGGGCUUGUAGCUCUGAUGGCCGUGAUUGGCAACGCGAUGGUGAUAGUAGUGUUCAAACGCGAACGACGACUACGCAGACGGACUAACUUUUAUAUAAUUUCGCUGGCCACGGCCGAUUUUUUGGUCGGGCUUCUCGGAGUGCCGUUUGCCGUCCUGUCUUCAAUAGGCCUUCCCAGGAAUCUAUACGCAUGUCUGUUUACCAUAUCGUUACUAAUCGUGCUAUGUACGAUUUCUAUCUUCUGCCUAGUGGCGGUCUCCGUCGAUCGAUAUUGGGCGAUCCUGCACCCGAUGGCUUAUUCACGGAACGUUCGAACCAAAACUGCAAUUGUAAUCAUAAGCCUCUGUUGGCUAGCCGGAUCAAUAAUAGGAUUUUUACCACUGUUCGGGUGGCACGAAACUCCACAAGUUGAUACCUGCCUAUUCUUGAAGGUUAUGGAUUACGAUUACCUUGUAUUCCUGUAUUUUGCGACAAUUAUUACACCUGCUCUCAUUAUGUUAGCGUUUUACGCACAUAUCUAUCGUGUCAUUUUAAAACAGCUGCGUCAGAUUGUAACAAUGAAUCCCAUGGGUACGCUCUCAUCAGAAAGCCGAAGAUCAUCCGACAGCAGUCGUAUCCGUAUAUCAACCUCGAAAUCGCCUAGUUGUAAACCUGGUCAUAGCCAUGGUGGUACAAUGCUUCGCGUGCUUGGUGCCGCUCAAAAGCGGGAAGUCAAAGCCACACAAAAUCUUUCCAUCAUUGUGCUGUUUUUCAUGAUCUGCUGGAUACCCCUGUAUACCAUCAACUGCAUAGUUGCAUUCUGUAGAGAUUGCAAAAUUCCACCCACUCUAAUGCUGUUUUGUAUAAUCCUGUCACAUCUCAACUCUGCUGUCAAUCCUCUACUCUACGCCUACCACCUAAAGGACUUUAGAGCAGCAUUGCGGAAUCUUAUUCUUACUAUGAUUGGAUACGACGUAUCUAACCAGGAACUAAAUUACCGUGCUUCCUUAGCCAGCCAACAUCAGUUCGUCCAACGACAUUCCGUAAUGGACAGGAGAUUAUCACCACAACCCAAGAUUUAUGUUGAUUCACCUGUUUAUCUGCGUUCACAACAAUUGCUCCAACAACAACAACGACAUCAACAAUCAAUACUUAUACAACAACAUCCUCUGGGAUGCACAGAAAGCGAAGCUUCAUUUAACGUUCUGCAUAAAAAACGGCUAAUUACCAGCACUCGUUCGGACCCUGGAUCACCGAACAUACUAAUCAGUACUUCAGCAAUCAGUGAUAGCCCAGUUGAUUCUAAUUGUUCAACUCCACAGCGCUAUGAAAUGGGAUUGUUCGACAAAUCUGAUUUUAAAAUGUGGCGUAUUUCAGAGGUCUCUAGCGUACAUGAGAACAGCGGCAAUCGUAAAUCAAUCUACGAUAAUGAUGAUGCUGAAGACCACAGUGAACUGAUUCUAGUAUAUACAGAAAGCAAAGACCAUUCACUACAGCGUGCCGAAAGUAUUGAACGGCAGUUGCAAGAAGAGCACGCUGUAGAACUCGUCUCCAGAUCGGACACGAUUAAAGACCAAUCAAACGAAACGCCAGAGUUCGGGUUACGACUGACUGAAGAGGACUGCAAUCAUAGCUCACUUUACAGUUUUGUGCUUUCUAAACGUAGAAGUCAAAGCACAUGCUGCAUCCUACAAGAGAAUAAUUUUGGUUCAUCGGUCAACGACCCAAUCUUUCUGAUAGAACAAGCUUCACCUCAACGAAUACUCACUAACAACGUAUCACAGCCUGACGUCAACAACACCGUUUACCGUAACACUAAUUGUGCCAAUCAUUAUAGUAGCUCCAACCUAGUUGAUAAUUAUAACAAUAAUUGUAACAAUAAAUCUAGUCCAAAAUUUGGCUCGACCGAAGGGAAAGCCGCGGUAGGCGACAAACACCAGAGGCCUAUUAGCAGGUCCUUAUCACUGUUCAGUAACCCUCAGCAAGACGAACAAAAUUCCACCCAAAAGUCACUUUCACCAAUUAGUAAUACGGAGAGUGUUUAUACAUCACAUUCCAGCCUUUUUAACCUGUUCAGCUCCAACGGAGCAAAACAACGAAAAUGUAGCUUUAAGUUGAACAAGCGAUCUACGUCGAAUGACAAAUAA